AUGUUCUGGUGGAUGAUCACUACUUUGGUUAUGUUGCUUUACGGUGUGUUGGUGACAAAAGCCGUGGGACUGCUGAAGUGGACGCGUGGCAUACACGGAUUUGACUAUAUGGAUCCAGAUUCGUGGAAAGUUGAUUACCCGAUCUGCAAGAGAUACAGACAGUCCCCCAUCGAUCUCAAUCCCGACUAUUUCCGAUAUGUCGCGGAUGCAUCACCACUUAGGUGGGUGGGGUAUGACGAUGCACCUGAAAAUAUGACGAUUUCUAAUAAUGGUCACACGUUGACAUUGAAUGCAUUUUGGCCCCAGACUUCUCUUCCUUACAUGACUGGUGGUCCCCUCUAUAGUGAAUACGUAUUCACACAAUUACAUUUCCAUUGGGGUGAGGAUGACUCAGUGGGAAGUGAACACACCGCUGACGGCUCUAGUUUCCCGUUGGAAAUGCACAUGGUCCAUUGGAAGAGGGCGUACGGCUCCUUCGAGAAGGCUCUACGGCACUCCGAUGGAUUAGCCGUCGUUGGAGUAUUUUUCGAGAUCGAUGAUGAUCAUGAUCGAGUCGCUCCACUGAAUAUGAUUUUCGAUCAUAUCGAAGAAAUUAGGGACGUGGAUUCUAAAGCGAGUCUGGUGCCUUUUCCCCUCUCGAUUUUCGAGGUGGUUGGUGCACCCACCUCUUUCAUGACGUACAUGGGGUCUUUGACAACCCCACCCUGCUAUGAAGCCGUCAUCUGGAUCGUUUCCAAUUUCGUGCCGCCUGUAUCAACUUCACAAAUGCGCGAAUUGAGAACAUUGCGAUUGCGCCACAACGAUCGUCAUAAUUACAGGCCAAUACAACCAAGAUACGACAGAAGCAUAUAUUUCUUCGUAAAUGAUAUGUAA